CCCCCCCACCAGCUGUAAUAACUGGCACCCGAACAGCCUUGGAUCCUGGAACCUGGACCUGGCCCGAGCUGCGUCUUGAUCGCCAAGACAGAACCAGCCGUUCGUGUGCUGCUCCUCUGAAGACAGACCUACGUUUUAGCAGGCCUUUCGGACGGGAACAGUUCGAGUCCCUCAUCUCCCACCUAGGACAAAGUCCCUGAGGAUCGAACUGCCAGACCAUCCCCUCAGCAGACCUUUCCAGGAGCCAGCCCCACCAGAAAACGGGAUUUGAGCAAAGCUUUGUGUUUAAAAUGGAAGUUGAUGUGAAUGGAGAGUCCAGAACUGCCCUCUCCAAUUUCCCUGUGCCCCUUGCAGAGGUGAGUUGUGCAGGCAGGAUGGAAGGAGAAAAGCCACGCUGUUCCAGCACCCCCUGCUCACCAAUGCGGCGGACAGUCGCAGGAUAUCAGAUCCUUCACAUGGAUUCUAACUACCUGGUUGGCUUCACAACUGGAGAGGAGCUGCUAAAAUUAGCCCAUAAGUGUACAGGAGGUGAAGAGAAUAAAGGAGAAUCUGGUCCGAACUUGGGCUCCAAACAUCUUGAUUCAGGACUUCCACGUUCCUCGCGCUUGUACAAAACUAGAAGUAGGUACUACCAGCCAUAUGAAAUCCCAGCAGUAAAUGGAAGGAGAAGGAGACGGAUGCCCAGUUCAGGGGAUAAAUACAAUAAAGCUUUACCAUAUGAACCUUACAAGGCAUUUCAUGGUCCCCUGCCUCUCUGUCUUUUGAAAGGUAAAAGGGCUCAUUCCAAAUCCCUGGACUACCUCAAUUUAGACAAAAUGAGCAUUAAGGAACCUGCUGACACGGAAGUGCUACAAUACCAGCUCCAACACCUUACUCUUAGAGGGGAUCGUAUGUUUGCAAGGAAUAGUACAUGAGCUAUCAUCUCAAAUUUAGAAAUGGUUUCUUACCUUCUCUCUGUUGCUGCAAAAAUCCACUGUUGUACUGUGUACAUGACUGUCCACAUUGUAGGUGGUUGUAUCAGCUCAGUGUUACCAGAAAGGAAUUUAUUUGAAUACAGUCUUAGCAAUGCAAUGUGUUACAAAUAAUUGGAGAGAGAAAUCUUUCCUGAGCAAGCAGCUUCUGAUGCAGAUUUGACUGCAGCUGGUGGACGUUUUUUUGGACACAUUUUAACAAAAAAAAGCUUUUGAUUUUUGGGAUUUUGGUUUUUUUUUUUUUGGUACAGCUAGAUCUAGUAUUUACAGUAUUUCAGCACUGAAAAAUUGGUGAUGUCUGCUUGGUUGUUGCUAAUUUUGGCUUGAUGUUAGAAACUGCUCUUGGAUAAGUACUCAAGGAGGUUUUUUGGUUUUACUUUUUGUUUCUGUAAUAAAAUGUGGGAUAUGCCCAGCCACUGCCCUGGAGGGAUGUCU